AUGGAGGAUAUCUUGAGGAACCAGCUUUGUGUGCAGAAUGUUUUGUUAUGUAGGGGUGAAUUUUUCCAUGUGCAAUGUUCUGCACAUAUCUUGAAUCUUAUUGUUCAAGAAAGGUUAAAAGCUACUAGUGUUGCUUUAAAUAAGAUUCGAGAUAGUGUGAAAUAUAUUAAGGCAACUGAGGCUAGAAGAAUCAAGUUUGGAGAACUUGUUGUACAAAUGGGAGUGAAAAGUUCAAUGGGGUUGAGAUUGGAUGUUUCCACUAGAUAUAAUUCGACAUUUUUAAUGCUUGAAACAGCGUUAAUAUAUCGUCAUGUGUUUGUGGCUUUAUCAAUAAUAGAUCUCAGUUAUAAAUUUUGUCCAUCAGAUGACGAAUGGGAUAGGGGGCUGAGGAUAUGCAAGUUCUUGGAACCAUUUUAUGAUAUUACGACUUUAUUCUCGGGUUCCAAAUAUCCUACAGCAAACUUGUACCUGAAAUAUGUGUGGGAAAUUCAAUUGCGUUUAAUUGAAAAGAGGACGAGUAACGGAAUUGAAAAGAGGAUGAGUGAGGAUGAAGUUGUUAGGAGCAUAGCAGAACAAAUGAUGCCAAAAUUUGCAAAAUAUUGGGAUUCUUAUAGUCUUGUGUUGAUGAUUGCAACUAUUCUUGACUCAUGUCCCAAGUUUCAAUUUGUGGAGUAUGCUUUCAAGAAAGUUUAUGAUUUAACUACUGUCAUACGAAAGUUGGAGGUUGUUAAGAAUAACUUGCAAAAGCUUUUUCAAGCUUACGAGGCUCAAUAUUCCAAAGAAGUUCAUGUCUUACCUUUAGUUGUUUCUCCUGCGAGUGGUCCUACUCUUGGUAAGCGUAUAGAUAAUUCUUCUGUAAGUUACUAUACUUUUUAG